AUGUCCAAACAUUCUGCACAGAUCUCGCAUCUGCCUCUGCAACUCGCUGACCUGGUCCCCCUUCCUUUUUUGCCAUUUCUCUCUGCCCAAACCCCCUAUACCGCUCAUCCGCAUAAUCCCGUCUCAGCAUCUGACACCCGCGUCAGCACUGGCACGCACAAACGUGCCCUUUUCCAUGCAUCCGCAGUCGGGUCCGUGAUUCACUGA